AAGGAACUGGUGUGCUAGUCUUUCUUCCCUGCUGGUCAGGGUGGUCGGGGCACAAUUGGUGGCCCGUACGGGGAACUUCUCUGCGUGAGUUCCUGGAGUUCCAGAACCAGGGGCUGACAGGGCGAUUGAUGGGUAAGUGGCUGGUAAGUGGGGCCCAUCAACAGACAAGGUCCUCGGAAGGAGGCAGCAUAUGUUAAGGUCCUCGGAAGGAGGCGAAUAAAAGUGAAAGUAACGGCCGAAGGAUUGUGCUCGUGCCAAGAGGGAUCUUUUUCUUAGCUGUGGUUUUGAUAUGCCGCGAGCGUCGCCACUAAAAUGGGUACCUCGCCGUCCUGCCCAGUGAAGGUAGCUCUUCAUGAGCUUCUUGAUAGUAAAGGCUUAAAAUUUAAAGAUCAAGCUUUGGCGCAAUUUCUUAGCGAGGUGGAAGCGGUGGCUCCGUGGUUUGCAGUGUCAGGAAACCUGUCAUUAGCCUGCUGGGAUAAGUUAGGAAGGGAUCUGGACCGAGCAUGGGAGAAAGGUACUUUGCAGGACAAAAAGGGAAAGACUGGGGUGCGAGGGAUCUGGAGGGUUAUUUGCACCUGCUUGACUAGUGAGGAGUGUGUUCCUGAUAUGCAAGCGACAACGGAAGCAUUAGAGCAAGUGAAAGAGAUGCGGCCAGAGACUCGAUGUACUAGCUCAAAACAGUCUAAAGAGAGAGAAAAGGGAGGAGUCUGCCAAGCGCUAGAGAAGACAACUGAAGCACUAGAACAGCUAAAAGAGGAGGAAGUCUCUGAGGGUGAAUUAGAGAAACUAGAAAUAGAAACGAAACUGGAAAUAGAAUCAACUGGACCAGGGCCGCCCUGGCCGCCUCCGUACGAUCCUACUGGAGGUUCGGGAAGGAGUUUUUGUCCUGAGGCCUGGAGGGAGUUAAAAGCACAAUGUUUUAUGGUUGCUAUUUGCAUUAAUGGCUUAAACUGCUUCUUUAAAUUUCUUGCCUGGAUUUAUACGGGUUCAGCAAGUAUGUUCUCAGAAGCUAUACACUCAUUAUCUGAUACUUGUAACCAGGGUUUGCUAGCACUGGACAUCAGCAAGUCUAUACAAACACCAGAUUCUUCUUACCCAUAUGGCUUUUCAAAUAAGCACUAUAUUUCUUCAUUGAUUAGUGGUGUUGGUAUUUUCAUGAUGGGUGCAGGACUCUCUUGGUAUCAUGGAGUCAUGGGAUUGCUUCAUCCUCAACCAAUGGAAUCCCUCCUAUGGGCAUAUUGUAUUUUAGCAGGAUCUUUGGUGUCUGAAGGAGCAACACUUCUUGUUGCCAUAAGUGAACUUCGCAGGAGCGCUCAGACCAAGGACACGUCAUUUUAUAAGUAUGUCAUGGAAAGACGUGAUCUGAGUACAAAUAUUAUUCUGUUGGGGGACGCUACAGCUGUUUUAGGAGUGAUAAUUGCAGCUACCUGCAUGGGCCUUACCUCUAUAACAGGCAAUCCAUUGUAUGACAGCCUGGGUUCUUUGGGUGUGGGCAUCUUACUAGGCGUGGUCUCGGCAUUUCUCAUCUAUACUAGCACAGAAACACUCCUAGGACGAUCUGCAGCUGAUUGACAUGCUCACCCUGAGCCAGUAGAAAAGGGUUUGAUAUUCUAACAGGAAAAUGGCAUGGUCCAGACCCAGUGUUGGUGUGGGCGAGGGGUUCUGUUUGUGUGUUCCCGCAGGACCAACAUGACCCUAUCUGGGUGCCGGAGAGGAUGUCACGAAGAUGCUCCAUGUCUGGUUCUCCUUCUCCUGAUGGCGAGAUGGAGACAAGAUGGGGGAAUCCUAUCGGUAUUUCCGAUCUGAUGCCCAUAAGGCAUGAUGCUCAAGUGUUUCCACGAUUCUUUAGUAGUAAUGCUAGUAUGGAAGUUCCUUUUUUGUCUAAAGAUGAUGAGAUAGUUAUUAGUGAAAAUAGGAGUUUCAAUUUGCUAGGAACCUUGUGUUUUCAGGUAAUUAAGAAUAUUAGUGAUAUUAAUGUGUAAUCAAACAGCUGCCACAUUAUCAUUGGCAGAUGGCUUGACGUCGUGGAUCCUGCAAGCAGUUCAUCAUCUGAAGGAGUGGGCGGGAAUAGGAGUGUUAGUAGUUGCCCUAAUGGUUGUCUGUCUGCUCUGAUUGUUUUGUCUCUGUCGUAUGGCUAGAUCUCAAAGACAAGAGAGAGCCCUGGUGGUGCAUGCCUUUCAAGCCAUUGAGGCUGGUGUCUCACCUCAAGCUUGGCUGAUGGCUUUGAAGCAGUAACUCUCUAUAACCCCUUAUAUUCAGGA